ACCAUACUGGUUUGCGGCCUCGCGCCAUUUUAAGAAAGGAACGACUCGUUCAGCUUGGUGAGAGUACACGUUGGGUAUUGUGUGGACCGAAAUACACACAAAAAUAAUAAAGGGAUUUAAGAAAUUCAUCCACGAAGAUUUUCCACUGAAACACGCAGAGAUUACUGGUCUAAAAUCGGAGGUUUCGUCGGAACCGAAUGAGAAGUUGAGGUGAACAAUGACUCAAUUUCUUCCGCCGAACCUGCUGGCAUUGUUUGCCCCGCGGGACCCGAUACCGUUCCUGCCUCAGCUGGAGAAGCUUCCCCACGAGAAACACCACAACCAGCCGUACUGCGGAAUUGCCCCUUUCAUCCGGCAUUUUGAGGACCCCAGAGAUGCCCCGCCACCCACAAGAGCAGAGACGCGGGAGGAGAGGUUGGAGAGGAAGAGAAGAGAGAAGAUGGAAAGGAGGCAAGUAGUGGUGGAAACAGAACUGAAGCUAUGGGACCCACAUAACGAUACUAAUGCUCAAGGAGAUGCGUUUAAGACCUUGUUUGUUGCUCGAAUUAAUUAUGACACCACAGAAUCCAAACUACGGCGUGAGUUUGAAGUAUAUGGUCCUAUCAAACGGAUCUACAUUGUCUACAACAAGAAAACUGGAAAACCAAGAGGCUAUGCAUUCAUUGAAUAUGAACACGAAAGAGACAUGCACUCUGCCUACAAGCAUGCGGAUGGCAAAAAGAUUGAUGGACGUAGAGUACUUGUUGAUGUUGAAAGAGGACGAACGGUCAAAGGAUGGCGCCCCCGACGACUUGGUGGAGGUCUUGGGGGUACAAGGCGAGGAGGGGCAGAUGUCAACAUCAAACACUCUGGCAGAGAUGACACCUCCCGCUAUGAUGACCGACCAAUUGGCAGUGACCGAGAUCGGGAUCGUGGCGAACGCAGGGAGCGCAGUCGCGAACGUGACCGAGACAAGGAGCGUGGAGAGCGCCGCCGCUCUCGGUCCCGGGAGAGACGGAGACGCACCAGAUCUCGUGAGCGUGAGAGGGCCGUUGCGGUUCCGGGGGAGGAGGCUGGGGGCAGCAGCCGACGUCGAGACAGAGAAAGAGACAGAGGUGUCGCCGGAGACAGCCGAGAGAGGAGUAGAGACCGGGAUAGAGAAAGAGACCGCAAGAGGAGAAGCAGGAGCAGGGAUAGAAAGAGAGAUAGGGAAAGAGGCAAAGGUGCAGAUGGAGGAGAGGAAGGCAUGGGCGGGCUAGGUGACGGAAUGAUGCCAGAAGGGGGAGAAAGGGGUAUGGAGGACCCCUUGGCUGGUGAACCAGGACGAGGUGAGGAUGGAGGGCCUGAAGGAGAGGAGAGAGGAAGGGAUCGAGACAAAGACAGGGAAAGAGACCGUGAUAGGAAGCGCAGCCAUAGAGAUAAAGAUAGAGACAGAGAUCGGGAAAGAAGGCGAGAUAGGGAUAGAGAUCGUGAACACAAGCGGGACCGGGGUGAUCGGGACCGUGGGGAGCGGAGGGAAGAUAGGCACGUAUCAUCCUCAGGAGAUCAAGAGGGUUUGGGUAACGGCGGUGAAGGGGGUGACGGGCCAGUGCCGCCACAAUCAGAAGAAGGUUCACAGGAUGGGAUGAGGAUGAUGAUGAUGGAUCAGGAUUCCAUACAGUCAGGAGAGGGCUAUGCCUCCAAUGAGAACGGGUACAGGCUGGAGGGCCAGGGUGAUGAGUACUGAAAGUGCCACCGUUGUGUGAAUUAUCCAAGGUCAUUCAGUUGUAAUGUUGAUUUUGAUUCACAGUUAUCCUAAACCAUUAUUUAAUGCCUCCACCCUUUGCUUGCACUAUGUCCACAGUGUGUGAGUAUUAUACUGUACUACCAACAGCUAUCACUGAGAGAGCUUAGUAUCUCCCUGGUAAGAAUCGUCCUUUUGUUAAAUAAAAAGAUUAUGUAGCUGAACUGUGAGCUUUUUAUUUUUUUUUAUUUUAUUUUUUAUUUUGAGCCUGGUUAAAUUUAUAUCUGGGGCUUUAUUCACACACAUCCUCACUUAACUAGCCUUAUGAUGCAUUUGAAUUCCCUGUUAUAACAUCAACUCAAUGACUGCAUUGCUGGGAAGAGGUCUCUUAACUGAAGUACUGUAUUUUUACAGUGUCAUUUAUUCAGUAAGGGAUGGGUGAUUGGUGUUGUUUAGUAACUCUGUCCAUUUUUUUUAUAUAUGAUGGACUACAAGAGUGAUUACUUGGUUUAUCUGUAUAAUUCCUUUUACACUGGUCUUCCUCAACCCCCAGUUUCUCUGCAAUGUUUUUUUUUUUGUCUUGUACAUUUGUUUUAUAUUUAGUUCAGUAUGUGGAUCGUUUGCAAACCGUACAGUGGCUAAUUUUACUGAAGGAAAAAAGGCAGGAAACAUUGACACAGAUGUUUUUAAAUAUGAAUGUUUGCCAUGGGUUCACUAAAAUUGCUCUUAAUUUUCUUCUUUUUUUUUUUUCUUUUUUUUUUUUGCUUGUAUCUCUGGUCGUAUUGGUUCUGCCUUUCAUUCUUGAAUAAAUUCUUUUUUUAUUGAUGCA